GCAGAUCCCAACCUGCCUCUGAGCAGAGGAGUGGGCAGUGUUCUGUGUGCAGCUGUGAACACUGCAUAUGAAAAACACAGGACUCUGGCUGCAAGAAUUGCUCUGGUGGACAGACUCAUAAAAUCUGGAGCCAAUAUAUUGAUGCCAAUCCUUAUAGGAGAAGGAAAGAGGACUGCACUGGGUACAGCUACAGACUAUGCCUACUAUAAGUACUUCCAGGAUAAGAAGAUAGCGCACACACCAUACCAUGCCUUGUCCCCAGAGGAGAGGGACAUUUUUAAAGCACGAAAACAACUCUUGGAGCACUUGGGAGAACUUACUCGAGAGGCUGUUAAAGCAAAAGAAAAGGAGUGGGCAAAUGAUGGUAUAAUCCGUAGAUCUUGUACACACAAAGAUCCAGAGAGAAAAGUGAACAGACAUGAAGUAUUAGAAGGGCACAUGUAUGUUCCCAAGUGA